AUGAACCAACAAAAAUUAGAUACAGAAAGAAUAGACUUUCUUACAAAGGAAUGCAAAUUCGAUCAAACAUUAGAGAAAAGUAUUUCAUCGUACAAGCCUAUAAUAGAAUAUAUUAUGGCUGUUAUUACUUCGAAACCAGUAUCUGAAGGUUUUUACGGGUUAUAUACAAUGUUCAUCGACAAAUUCGGACCACGUCCUGCAGGAAGUAAAAUUUUAGAAGACGCCAUAGAUUACAUGAAAGAUCUUACACAUACAAGUGGAAUUCACAACGUUACUACUGAGAACGUCCUGAUACCCCAUUGGCAUCGUGAAUACGAAUCAGUAAAAAUGCUGCAUCCAUUAAUGAAAACUAUUAAAGUCCUCGGAAUUGGAUUAAGUGUUUCAACUCCUUCAGAAGGCAUAAUUGCGGAUGUAAUUGUUGUAAACAGCUUUGAUGAAUUUGAUGAAAUUGAUGACACUAAAAUUUUAGGAAAAAUCGUGUUAUUCAAUGCUAAAUUUACUUCUUAUUCCGAAACCGUUCAAUAUAGAACGGAUUCUGCUGUAAGGGCUGCUAAAAAAGGUGCUGUUGCUGUUCUAAUCAGAAGUAUUACACCUUUUUCACUGUAUACCCCUCACACAGGAGCUUUAAUGUACAAUGCAUAUGUCCAAAAGAUACCAGCUGCUGCCGUUACUUUAGAAGACGCUGAUUUAAUUCAAAGGUUAUAUGACGAAGGAGAAAAAAUCGUUAUAGAAAUGUUUAUGUUUAAUACUUUAAAUUCAGAAAUAUCUCGAAAUACCAUAAUUGAUCUUCAAGGAGUAAAACAACCAGAAAAGUUAGUUAUAGUAUCUGGUCAUAUGGACAGUUGGGAUGUGGGCCAGGGAGCCAUUGACGAUGGCGGAGGAAUGAUGAUCAGUUGGUUUGUACCUGUUAUAUUAAAAUAUUUAGGUUUGGAACAUAGACGAACUAUACGAUCCAUUUUAUGGACAUCAGAGGAACCUGGCUUAGUAGGUGGGCGAGCGUAUUUGCAUAAGCAUUAUGAUGAGUUACAUAACAUCGAUUUCAUACUAGAAUCUGACGAAGGAACCUUUAAGCCAUUAGGUUUAAAGGUAGCUGGAUCAAAUAGGACAAAAUGUAUCAUAGCAAAAAUUAUGGAACUCUUCCCUCCAAUCGAUAAGGUUCAAUUUGUUGAUAUAACAGGGUCGGAAUUAUCACUAUUUAUCGACAAGGGAAUUCCUGGAGCUUCUUUGUUAAACAAAGACGAUCAAUACUUUUGGUACCAUCAUACAGACGCUGAUACUUUGACCGCUCAAAAUAUGGAUGAUGUUGUCGAAUGUGCUGCAUUUUGGGCAGCUAUAGCUUACGUCAUUGCAGACAUCGAAGUAGAUCUUUCGUGAAAAAAAAAACGAUACAA